UGUUGAAUAAAAACCACAAUUUGCACCCGAUGGCAUUCGCAAGUGCCGCUAAAAGACCCGAUUAUGUGCUAGUAGUCAAAGAAGAGACUCUUCCACUCAUCAGCACUUACAUCAGCAAUCUAAAGAUGCUGGGACUGGACGUCGAAUAUGCAAAAGGCCUGACCGUGGACUUGAUGUUCAUCAAAGUGUUUAUUGCUCCCGAUGCCUUGGCGCAUUUCUCGCAAAUUUACGACAUCGGCACUUCUGAUCCUUCACUAACUGCCGGGUUCUACUCAGAGCCAGUCAUUCCCACCCCGUUCAGGAACCCCUUGGUGCAUUCCAUCGGAUUGUCCUACUUGAGAGGAGAACUGACUGAAGCCGAGAAAAUCAUGGUGGUUAACAGAGUUUUGGAGAAUGCAAAGUAUGGGGAAAAGGAGCGGGAGUUUGGGCUGACCAAAUUGAUUCAAGUGGGGGCUAUUGAGACUGGUUAUCCUUUACAUGAUGGCCCAAUUUCGGAAAAUGGAACCAACUAUCGAUCGCUGCUGUAUCGGCAUUGGUCAAAUACCCGAGUAACCCACAUGGAACAACCUCUGGACACAAUUUUCCGCUACUUCGGCAACGAAGUCGCCUUCUACUUUGCAUGGCUGGAGUAUUUCAACCUAAUGCUGGCCAUUCCGGCGGUUUUAGGAGCCUUGACUUUCCUGGGAAGUCUUAUAUUCGUUCUCCUUGGCCAGCCGUAUCAAGUGCAGGAAGUUUGUGAAAACUCCAACAUGUUGUGCCCAACAUGCGAAGGAAACGAAGGCUGCAGGUUCAAGCACAUCUAUAAAUACUGUUCGCUGGCUCAGUGGUCGGUGGUGUUCGAUAAUACUGGAACUGUGGCUUAUGCAGUGUUCAUUUCGUUUUGGGCGACACUGUUCAUUGCUUUAUGGAGACGAAAAGAGAACAAACUGAAAUUCAGGUGGAACUGCGUGGAAGAUGUGCGGGAAACCCAAAUUAGACAACCAUACUUAGAUAAAGCCAUCAAACAGCAACUGAACCGCAUAACUGGAGAAAUCGAGCAGUACACUCCAAGAUGUCAAGUGGUUCUUCAGUACAGCUUAACAUUUACCGCCUGUAGCAUUCUAGUAAAAAAAUCACCUUUCUAUCAACAAUUUUGGCAAAAGCCAGUUUCCAGUUCAUACUUCUAG